CUAAUUUUUGAAUCAGUUAAAACAAUAGCCGCAGAAUUAGAUUUAGAAAUCAAAAAUCCGCGUUUGGCGAAACGGCAAACUAAUCGCGACAAUUAUGAAGGCGACCUGGAAGAAUAUUACCGCAGAUCAAUUUAUAUACCGUUUUUAGAUAAUUUUUUGGACCAAAUCAAUGAACGAUUUUUAAAACAUCGAGAGCUGCUUUCCAAAAUUGAAAACAUUUUGCCAAAUAAAUGCAUAAAUCUUGACGCUAUUGAGAUGCAGGAGACUGUUCGUAUUUUAGAAAAGCAAUGGUCCGCUGAUGCAGAAGAUCCCGAUGAUUUCGUUGCUGAAUUUAGAAUGUGGAAAAGGAACUGGUUAAAUCAAAGAAAGAGAUCCAAA